AUGUUUAUGCAGAUUUUUACGACGCCAUCUUCAGUGCGUUUCGAAACAGAACCGCCGCAGUUCCAAAUGGAGCUGAUUAACCUUCAAUGCGAUACGAUCCUUAAGGAUAGAUACUACCACUACAAUAGUGAUUUAAUUUCGUUUUAUCAAGGUGUUAAGCAGCAACAUUUUCCCAAAAUUCUCGCACUGGCCUUGGAAACUUGCUCCAUGUUGGGUACAACGUGCUUCUGCGAGCAGAUGUUUUCUUUGAUGAAUUAA